GCCGGCGGCUGCUACAACUGAUCUGCAAUCAUCUGCUCGUGUCUCACACGGUCCGCAAGAUUAUUUGCUGGAAAUCGUGUACGAUCUCCGACGCAUCGAAAUGGAAUCUGCGCAUCGGGGGACCUUUCCGGUUCCGCUGCGCGCUGGCCAUAUAAAGGACCAGCCAAGCCUACAGCGACUGGGGCACGACGCUCUUUUCGGCACAAACUCACGAUUCUUCAUGUACCAGGUCAGUUACCUAAAUGGAACUAAGUGUUAUCGCUCUAGCAAUGUUAUGCUUUUAAGAGUGUCGUGCCCCAUUAGCAAGCGACAAAUGUUUGAAUGCUUUGAACAUGUCAGCCUGUGUUUCGUUGAUGCUAUGCUAUUCUCUCUCUACGACGGCUGUCUGGCGCUUUCCCAGAUCUUACUGCUCCUAUCGGGGGACGUAGAGCUAAAUCCAGGGCCCAUGAAUGCAGUGGAACGGGACCAAAUGGCAAACAUUGAAAGGAUUCUCUUAGAAAUGAAAACAGGCCAGGAAACUGUGCUCGCGAAGUUAACGGAAAUUACAACAAGACAAAGUGAAUUAGAAUCUAAAAUUACGGGCUUAAUAGAGAAGACAAGCAAUGUAGAAAGUCGUAUUGCUCGGGUGGAAAAAAUUGAAGACAAAUUGAUGGCUAAACUGGACGACUUGGAGAAUAGAAGCCGUAGACAGAAUUUGGUAUUUUUCGGGUUGCCUGACAGGGAGCAUAACGAGACGUGGGAGGCGUCUGAAAAACUAAUUAGUGGAAUAUGCAAAGAUGUGAUGAAACUUGAUAAUAUUUCGGUUGAACGGGCUCAUCGCGUAGGAGUUUUCAGAGAAGGCAAAAACCGGCCCAUAGUAGCAUGCUUUUCACGGUGGAAGGCUAGAGAAGUCGUCUUUAAAAAUGCUUACAGACUAAAAGGCACUUCGUACGGCAUCUCUGAAGAUUUCAGCCGAGCCGUACAAGAAAAAAGACGUCAGCUUUGGAAUUAUGCGAAAGAAAAAAGAGAAAACAAAGAAAAUCGUGUUCGCUUGAGUUAUGAUAAAUUGAUCAUCAAUGGGCAAACGUUUGUCUGGGAUAGCGAUAUGCGAACGCCAGUUCCACUACAGACGCAUGCGCGACUGAAUAGAGGCAAUUGACGCAUUCCGAA